AUGCAGACCUCUCAGGCUGUUUGCUCCAUCUGCAUCUUGUUCCAAAUCAUCUUUCCCUCUGGGGAAGGAUGGCAAGUGCUUAAAAAUGACGCCACAGAGAUAAUUCCCGAGUAUACUGAGAUGCCUGUGGAGGAGCAGCAGCUAUAUACCCAGAGUGAUAAUGACACCAUGAACAACCGGGCACAGCAAGGAGAGAGGCGCCACCAGGUUACUCUGAGCCGGAUGGAACCACAGGAAUUCAGCUGUCGGGAACUGUAUUCGACCCACUAUGUCACCAACGGUCCAUGUCGCAGCAUUAAGCCAAUCAGGGAGUUGGUCUGUUCUGGGCAGUGCCUCCCAUCCCACCUCCUGCCUAACUCCAUCGGCAAGGGCAAAUGGUGGCGGCAAAAUGCUUUGGAUUACCGCUGUAUCCCAGCACACAGUCGUCCCCAGCGAAUCCAGCUCACCUGCCCUGAUGAGGACACCCGGACUAUCAAGAUCAGAACCAUCACCUCUUGCAAAUGCAAACGGUAUACUCGCUACCAUAACCGUUCCCAGCUCAAAGAUUUCAGCAAAGAGACUGCUCGACCUCAGAAGAACAAAAAGCCACGUCUCUCGAGGCUUAGGGGAAGUAAAGUCCACCAGCCCGAGCUCGAGAACUCCUACUAGUACGGGCAUUUGACAAGACCCAGCCUGGAAGAACAGAGGUUGCAUGACACCCCUGCCUUUUGGAUGGCAUCGAAUGGGACAGAAAAAGGGGAUGGCCAUAGGCACAAUGGUUGCCCCCAUCCAAGACUGAGGGCUGAUGCCAUCAAAAGCUGUAGGACAUUUCUUGAAUAGCUGGAUGAGAGAGGG